CGUGGGGGUGGUGAGUGCGGCUGUGGGGGGGCCCGGUCCCGUUGGAGCGGCGGUCGGCGGUGAAUGGAGCGGAUCUGAGCCGAGCCGGAACGGGGCGGGCACGACGCGAGAUCAGAAGCAAAUUUGGAUGAAGCAAUCUAACUAAGCUGCCGUCAUGAGCAGAAGCAAGCGUGACAACAAUUUCUACAGUGUUGAAAUUGGAGACUCUACUUUCACUGUAUUGAAACGAUAUCAAAACUUAAAACCAAUAGGAUCAGGAGCACAAGGGAUAGUAUGUGCAGCUUAUGAUGCCAUCCUUGAACGAAAUGUUGCAAUCAAGAAGUUAAGUCGACCAUUUCAGAACCAAACCCAUGCUAAAAGAGCCUACAGAGAACUUGUUCUUAUGAAGUGUGUUAAUCAUAAAAAUAUAAUCGGCCUGCUGAAUGUGUUCACACCACAAAAAUCCCUGGAAGAAUUUCAAGAUGUCUACAUAGUGAUGGAGCUCAUGGAUGCAAAUCUCUGCCAAGUGAUUCAGAUGGAGCUAGACCAUGAACGAAUGUCCUAUCUUCUUUAUCAAAUGCUGUGUGGCAUCAAACAUCUUCAUUCGGCUGGAAUUAUACACAGGGAUUUAAAGCCCAGUAAUAUAGUAGUAAAGUCAGACUGCACUUUGAAGAUUCUUGACUUUGGACUGGCCAGAACUGCAGGAACUAGUUUUAUGAUGACGCCUUAUGUAGUGACUCGUUACUACAGAGCACCAGAGGUCAUCCUAGGGAUGGGAUACAAAGAAAACGUGGAUUUAUGGUCUGUAGGGUGCAUUAUGGGCGAAAUGGUUUGCCACAAAAUCCUCUUUCCAGGAAGGGACUAUAUUGAUCAAUGGAAUAAAGUUAUAGAGCAGCUAGGAACACCAUGCCCUGAAUUUAUGAAGAAAUUACAGCCUACUGUCCGAACGUACGUGGAGAACAGACCUAAAUAUGCUGGAUAUAGUUUUGAAAAACUCUUUCCAGAUGUUCUUUUCCCAGCUGACUCUGAACACAAUAAGCUUAAAGCAAGCCAAGCAAGGGAUUUGUUGUCAAAAAUGCUGGUUAUAGAUGCAUCUAAAAGAAUCUCUGUGGAUGAAGCCCUGCAGCACCCAUACAUCAAUGUUUGGUAUGAUCCAUCAGAAGCAGAAGCUCCUCCACCAAAGAUACCAGAUAAGCAGUUAGACGAGAGGGAACACACGAUAGAAGAAUGGAAAGAGUUGAUAUACAAGGAAGUCAUGGACCUGGAAGAGAGAACCAAGAAUGGGGUUAUACGUGGACAGCCAGCCCCUUUAGGUGCAGCAAUGAUCAAUGGCUCUCAACAUCCAUCUUCAUCGUCAUCUGUCAAUGAUGUGUCUUCAAUGUCAACAGAUCCAACAUUGGCCUCUGAUACAGACAGCAGCCUAGAAACUUCAGCUGGACCUCUGGGUUGCUGUAGAUGACUACUUGGUUUUUUGGGGGGUGGGAGGGGGGUCCUUCUAGUCGUUAAUAGGGCACCUUUAAAAUUUGGUGGUAUUUUUGAGUGUUUUUUCAAAAAUAACUGUAGAAUUCAUUAUAAAGUGCUGUAAUUUUAAACUGUAAGUUGUGUUAAAAGCAGCCUUUUUUUUUUUUUUUUCCCCCUCCCUGUAAUUAACUGUAAAGUAUUAAACCUGAUAAUUUUUAUGGUGGUUUUAAAAUCUGCAUAUUUGCUUUACUAUUAUGCUGCUGAUCCUUUUUUGGUGUUGUUUUUUUUUUUACUGAAUUUGUAAGAUUUAUUUUAUCAAAGCACAUAUUAAUGUUGUGGUCAUUACCCUAUAAUGAAUUAUUUAAGAUUUUAUAGGUUUAAUUUUUUU